AUGAGCACGUGCUUUCCACCUUCCAACCGCCACCGAGGUCCUCGCCGCCAGGGCUCCUCCGGUCCGCGGCCCCAAUCCGAGCCGCCCCAGACAGGCCAGACGGGCGUGACCGGCGUUCUGCCCGGCGUUCUGCCCAAGCUGCUGGACGAGAUCGAGGAUCACCUGCUACGGCAGACGGCGCGGCCGCCAGUGGAUGCCAGCAGCUGGCUGCAAGAGACUGCGCAACUGGAGAUCUAUGCGGAGGAGAUCUCUUCUUUUUCAAGUUUCUUCAAACGGGAAGCGCAUCUGCAUUCUUACGAUCUCUGUGAAGCAGUGCACAUAGCCCAUCUGUGGGGGUCUCACAGCUCCAGAACUCGGGCUCCGAACCACAGAGUCAGAGCAGUUCUCCGAGUCGCGGGCGUCGUCCAAGGUGGAGAUAAGGAGCUCCGCUGGGCUCGGCAGCAGCUGAAGAAUUGUGAGUUAGAAUAUCUCCACCUUCAGCAGCUUUUGGGCAGUAGCGAGAAGCAGCUCUCGGCCCAGCUGCGUCAGGUACAGGAGGCCCUGGAACAGGAGAAGCGACGGGUGAAGCAGCUCGAGCGGGAGAACCACAAGCGCGAGCGCUCGAUCGCCCGCGCGGCGGAGCGCGCUGGGGGCGGUGAGCUGGGGCUGCUGGCGGUGGAUGGCAAUGCUCGGGCGUUGCGGGAGGUGGAACGGCUAGAGGCAGAACUGGAGGUGUUCCAAAUGAAGAACUCCAACCUCCGCAAGCAGGUGGAGGACGAGGAGACCCGGUUGCAGCAGAAUGUGCGCAGUCGCGAGGCGCAAGCGGUGAAGUAUGAGACGCUCAUGGCCAAGUUGGAGAGUGAGGAGACCCAGCGGCGCUUGGCCGAGGAGCAGCGGCAGGUGGACUCGGAGCAAUUGGAGGAAGAGCAGCUCAGGGCCGAGAUCCGUCCGGUCCUUAGCCGCUUGCAGGAGCAGCGGCGGAGUGGCGCGCGGAGUACCGAGCGAACGCUCAAGGAUCGGCUGAGAAGGCUGGAGGAGCUGCGUUCGCAGCAGGUGGAGUCUUGGAUGACGAAGAGAAUAAUGAAUAAGGAGUAG